AUGCCCGAAACUCAUAUCAUCUACGUGCUCGUCUUUGCCAAGAGAAUUCCAUGGGUUAGCACCAGCCUCAAGGAGAACAUGUGCCACUUUGGCAUUGCUCCGAGCACUCAAUUCCUCUCUUUCAAUUCCAAGACCAGCAGCUAUGUGGAGAGGUGUAUAACCGCGGCUGUUAUGCUGGUCUACCUGGGCUCCAUGUGUGAUAAAGAGGCGAACCAUAUCCUCGCUGCCUUUGGCCACCGCAUGAUGCAACAGGGGCUCGUUAUCUCGCCCGCCAUCAUAACUCAGUAUUUUGUCACCAUGAUGUUUGAGGAUAACAGUGGCUAG